AUGCAUUCCCUAGUGCGAAUGCACACGACCCCGUCGGCACAGUACUUUCUUGCCAACCUGCUGAAACGACCAUCGUCGCAUUUUGGUCAACUAGCUGCACAAUUUCAGCACCUGCCUCGGAAAAAAGAUAUUCACCCAACUGUCGCCCGCACAGCUGUCGCAGUGGCUCUCGAAGAUGAAUACGUUGAACAUCUUGAGGUCUACACAGACGGCUCAGUUGACAAGAAGAGAGGAACUGCAACCGCGGCAUACACGAUCCCCGCAAUAUCAACUGAAAGCAAGUCGCUGCCCGUGCACUGCGUGGUGGAGCGCGUGCCCAGCCCUCAGACGGAGAACCAGCAGCCCUCGGUGGAGGUGGACAGCUACGCCAUCGUGCCCAGCGCGGCGCUGUUUGCCGACCUCGUCCGUACCGCGCUCACCAAGCUCGGCUACUCGCCGUCGGAAGCCAUUUGUGCCAAGGGGGUGAUGCAGAUCAAGAACUGGAAGCCCCUGUCCUUCGACCAGAUCACGGAGCUGCCGGAGGCUACCGUCGGGGACAUGCUGGCGGACCUCGUCCAGGUGGCCACGCUCAGGAUACGACUGUACAGCCGUCCCAAGCCGAACGUGGUGAACGACGUGAAAGAAAAGCUGCUCCAAGUGCUGUUGGCGCAGUCGCACUCGCUACUCCUGAGCUCGGGGUGCCCCAUCGACCAGACGACGCUGGCGGCGCUGACCAAGGGCAAGGCCGAGUGGGAGAUCUCCGAAGAGACACGCAAGAAGUUCGACCAGUGGUACCUGCACCAGGUGUUCCAGCACUGCAGACAGGUGGCGCUCCUUCAGCACCAGUUGCAGCAGCAGCACCUCCACCAGCAGCACUCUCCGCAGCAGCGGAUCCUGCAGCUGACGCUGUCCCAGCCGCCGCUGUCCCAGCAGCAGCCGCAGCCACAGCCGCAGCCACAACCGCAUACGGUCGUGGUCGUACCGGCGCCGUCCCAGGUCUCUCCGGCGGCUCCGACCUCGGCUCCGGCCGCGCACCGGCUUCAGGCGCACCACGUGAGCGCGUCGGCGCGGACUCGCAUCCGCACCUCGUUCGACCCCGAGCUCGAGCUGCCCAAACUGCACCGGUGGUUCGCGGAGAACCAGCACCCGUCGAGGCUCACGAUCCAGCAGUACGUGCGCGAGCUGAACGCGCUCGACUCGCGCCGCGGACGCAAGCCCCUCGACGUCAACAACGUCGUGUACUGGUUCAAGAACGCGCGGGCGGCGCACAAGCGGGCCGAGCUCAAGCUGUUCUCGACGGCGCCGCACGCAGCGUCGGCGUCGGCGGCGCCGCACGCGGCACCGCUGCCGGGCUCGGUCCACGGCGACGCCGCCGCCACCGCGGGCGGCAACGGUCUCCUGCUCAGGAGUCCCGCCUGGGACUGCGCGCUGGACUCGACGCAGGACUCGGACGACGCGAGCUUCCGGAGGACCAACGGCUUCGCGACGGGCCUGCAGGGCGACGAGGACUCGUGCGGCGGCGGCGGCGGCGGCCCCGACGACGACGAAGAGGACUCGCCGCCGCCGAGUCCCGAGGCGACGCUGGACCUAUCGGUGCGCGGGCGGGACCGCAACGGCGCCGUCAAGGAAGAGCCGCGGGACUCGGGCGGCAGCAGCGACAUGGAAGAAGACGAGGGCGGCGGGGAAGACAGCCCCGCCGACAGCGAAGACGAAGACCCCUGCUCGCAGGGCGGCGGCAACCCCGGCCGAGGAUGCGGCUCGACCCCGCCGUUGUCGUCGCUCCGGGACGACCGGCGCAAGCGGAACCGCACCUUCAUCGACCCCGUGACCGAGGUGCCGCGGCUAGAGCGCUGGUUCGCGGCCAACACGCACCCGUCGCACGCGCAGAUCGUGCGGCACACGGACGAGCUGAACGGGGCGCCGUACCGCAAGCGCUUUCCCAGACUGGAGCCCCGCAACGUGCAGUUCUGGUUCAAGAACCGCAGGGCCAAGUGCAAGCGGCUGUCCACGGGGACCCCGUCGAUCCCCGCGGCCUCGGCGGGGCUGCUGCAGGCCGCCCUCAAGGCCGCCGUCAGCCACGGGUCGGACCUGGCCUCCUCCGGGCUUCGGGGGACGUCGACGACGUCGUCGUCGCCGCCCCAGCGGGUCGCCCCGUCCCCUCCGCAGGACGCGGCGCGGUCGUCGCCCCCGGCAGCCGCGCAGUGACCCCCCUACGGUGCUCGCGCGGACCUCUAGUCACACUGGGCCUGCUGCUGCCCUCUCGCUCUCUCGCUCUCGUUCUCGGUAGAACCAAAGGGGCGCCGCCCCCGCACUCUCGUUGACUCGGGGGCGCCAACCGCGACACACAAACACACACGCGCGUCCUCGCGGCAUUUCUUCGGCGUUUGCAAUCACCGUUUUUCGGUUCCAUAAUCUCCCUCCCUCGCCCCCUUUUUACACCUCCCACCAAUCGCGUGUUUCGUUUCGUUCGGUGUGUCUUUUAAAGCCAUGUCCACGCGGGUUUCGGCGGGACCUUAGCGAUGCUUAGGCGACGGUUCCUCCCGUAAUACAACGGUUGAUUAGAGGCUGCCAUGACGCAGCGUUUUUCCAGCCGUUUCCUGCCCGGGUAUCUCCCAAUCAAACGGUAUUCGGCACCAAGGCUCUUUCGUAGCCGGUGUUUGCGUGGCUCUUACACUCAAUGAGAACGGAAAGACGGGUCGGAUCAUCCAUUCCUCCGACGACCUUUUAAAGGCGUACGUUCUUUUCUGGCUCGUUAUUAUUCACCGAAAAAGGCGAGGAGAGGCCCCUCCCACGAAGCUCUCCGCUCACCAUGAUUGGUUGUUUCCUCCUCUCGAGCGUUCGCUCUGCUAAAGUGGAAAGGGCGAAGGGCUUUGUAGGACGAGCCUGUCCCGCUGUCCUUACUCUACGACAGUCUAUGCGGACUUCUGGUAGAUUCUUUCCGCCGUCCCGCAGCCCCCUCUGCAACACUUGUCACGCAAGGCUAGCAGCGCGCUCGCGCACAGCGCCGUCUUUGUCGCGUAAGCGUUGCGGGACGGCGGAAGCGAUCUACAAAAAGCCCUUAGUGACUGCAAGCACCGACGUUCUUCGCAGGCAAAAUUGAAAAACGAAUCCUCGAUUGUAAUUUGUUUUUAAUUUAAAAACCAAAAUUUGUUAUGGAAGCAGCCACCUUUCCUAUUAUAUUGGUCUUCCUUGGCCCUAUGUUAUCGUGCGGGGAUGUUCCUACCCAAAUACGGAGUUUUCAAUUAGAUCGUUCUCGCGUUCCGAUACCCGAUACUUCACCGACGCCUUUGCGCAAACGGAUCGUGUCGCUAUCGGAGCUAGGAAACGGUCCACUAAAACUCGCCCCUAACUGCUGCCUUCGCCGAGAUUGCAAAACGUCGCAAUAGAAACCUCGGAAGCCAGUCAGCCUAAAAGCGAGCAUCUCGACCGUAUAUGCCGCCGAGUGAUUUGCUUCAAUAGGGAGUUUUCGUAGACCGCGUUUCCCCCUCCGCUAAGCCCUCCGCAACGAAAAAAAAACAAAAAAACGCUACUGCGCCUGCGCGCCGAUGGCCUUGACUGUAGAGUUCCGGGUGUCGUAGUAGGUUGUGGAGAGCCGUUGCGAGAUGGCGAAAACCAUCUACAAAAACUCCCAGAUGUCUUUACUAGAUCUACACAACCUGAGCGAAGUCACGUGGAAACCUGUGCUGGACCGUGGACUCACGUUAACCCAUCGUUAUUUUUGUAUCUCGCGUCUUCUGGUCCUGGUGCUCCCGUUUGUCCUCGUGGGUCCUUGUUUUUCCCUACGCCGAAGCCCGUGGACAAUCAGAUGUGGCGCCAUCUAUGAGCAAUACUAGCGUCCUUCGGUGGCCGUUGAGUUUGAACCCCCUUCCUCCAGAUCUAUGCAACGAGUGAAGCAGAGGGAACUUUGGACCCCAGCCCCCUUCUUCGUCGGAACCGUCCCGGCGGCGGGUUUGGGGACUUGCAAUAACGAAGAGCUUUCGCUCCCGAUUUUCGUUGACCAGUUCCUCGGGCAGUUUUUCAAGUUCCGCUUUUGUGCAGACUUGUUUGUUCGUGCGCGUGCACCGGGGGAUGGCUAGAGUGCUGGAUGUUCCAGUAGUUUAGGGAUAUGGCAACUCUGGGAGAACAUAUAUAGGGCAUUUCCUUUUCUUAUUCAACUGGUUCUGGCAGGGCGGCUCGUCGUUCUUUUCUUCGAAGCUGACGCGCGGAAGUUCGUUUCCAAGUUGCAUUUUUUUGGGGGUCAAACGUCUAACUGAGGCACCUCUAGACACUGAUCAGGUUCCAAUUAGGUUAUAAUCAGGAUACGACCCAUGGUCUUGUUGUGGCGGCGCGCGCAGCGUAUCCCGUGGUCCUUUGCGAGGUUUCGGUUUGCAAUUCCGCGUGCUCUAAGCCGCGGACUUUUCGCGAAAAUGAUUUAUCAUCGCGUUGCAUCCGACUCUUGUUGAGACUACCUUCGGUGUCCCCCCUUAAAAACGAGUCAGCCGUUGUUGUUUGCCGUUUAUGGCUAAGCGUAUGCCAUCCCCCUGUCCAUUCGGUUCGUCAUUUGUCCGAGCUUUUUCGUCUGGCAACCAGGCACGUCCGGGUAGUUACGUUUUCAUCCCGGGCCUGUUCAUGCUCAAAAGCGCCACCACCACCAUCACCGCCGUCUAAUAUUUUGUUUGUCACAAUGCCUACCUCCUGCGCCUGCAUGUUCCUCGUUUUCGAAUAGUCUUUACUAGAAGCAAAAGGUUCUAUAAUAAUAGGGAAAUUUUUUCCGCUUUAGAGCCAUAAAAUACACUACACUUCAAGCAUCGGCACUCCCUCCCUGGAUCUUGUGGGCGCCGCCAUAUCGGUCCUUGGUACAGAAGGGUGCGAAAAAUGGCGGUCGUUACGACGGGGAAAAUACGGACGUUUGCAAGCAGUCGUGCUUCGAGAGCCAGUCUGGCCACCGUGGAUGGGAAAACUUUUUGUUUAGGUGCCAGUCUCUUGCAAACGUAUGUAAGACGUUUGCAAGUACGGCUCUCUGCGGCUGGGUAUGGGUACAGAUCGUCUGAUAGUCAAGCAUUGUUGAGGCGUACCCACGGUUUCCAGACUGGCGCCCAAACAAAGCGUUUUCCCACCCACGGUGGCUAGACUAGCUCUUGAAGCGCGGCUGCUUGCAGCGUUCUACUCCGCGAUCUGUGUUUUGACAUUUUUGGUGACCGAAAAACAGCCUUCUGCGAUUUCGAGCUAAAACUUCAACAUAACUAACAACAAUGAUUUUAAGCUGCGAGGUGACGGGAAGUGUCGUUGUUCUGAAGCGUAGUAGCCUUUUUUGGGGGGCUCUUUCUCGCACGUUCCUUUCGUCAAUUUACGAUUUUUUUUUUUUUUUUCGGAGCGUGGAAAACUUUUGUAAUAUUAAUUCUUAGCGUGCUGCUUUUCGUAAAAUAUACAAAAUAACUCCGCCGCUGCACACUGGGCGGCGGAUGUGCAAUAACUUGAAAAAAAGUGCGCGUCGCUUGAGAGAAGAGAGAGAGAGGGACUGGUAGAUGACGUUACGCCCCCGGCGAAGAAAAAGAAAGUUAAUAAUUGCUCUAUAUUUUUAACAGAAAGUGGGGAGAAAACCUACUCGGCCCUCGUUCUCUGGCCAGGCGACAUUCCCUAUACCGGUGAUGAUGAUGAUGUUUCCUUUGUAGUUGGCGGAAAUGCCUCCAUUGUUUGAAGACGAAAAAAAAAAAAAUGAAUAAGCGCGAGUCGAAUGUUGUAUACUACCAAUUAACCAUUUAUUGUGCAUAGCCUCUUACAUUAUGAUGCUGUUGGCAUCUAUGAGGGGGUAUUCACGGGGCGCCGUAAUGUUGUACGUUGUUCGCAGCGCACACUCGGAACUAGAUUCCCAUUUAUCGUCCUACCACGGAAACGGUCCCGAGAGUGUGUGUGUUAAGGACGUUGAACGUGCAUGCUCGCGUUUGUCUACCAGUCGGGGUGUUUGUGUUCUCGACAGUUCAUCAAUGGGAGGUAUUGGCGAUUUGCGUCGCGUGCUCUUAGAACCUAUUUUCACUGCUUCGUCUUUAGACCGUCAGACGCUGCGAAUAUUUGAUUCGCACGAGAAGGCUGGUGAGCGAACUUUCCGCCACAGCUUUCUGUUCUUGCCGCCAGGUGCCGUAGGUUUCGCUGGAGUCGUCAAUAUUUGGGGACAACUCGUUCCGGCGGUGCGGUCUCGCACCAUGUGCGCCGAUCGAAACUGCGCACGUGUCGAAAAAAGUUGUCUCGUACAAAAGUUCCGAGCUUGCGCUACGAAAAUAAAAAUAACAAAACAGCGUUCAACGAGGCUACCCACGAAUAUCCCCUGUGGGAGGCUAUGGGUGUGCAGUCACACCUACUCUUUUUUAACGCUUACGUUUAACCCCACCGAACGCAAUACCUCGGCGAAUGAAAUUUCCGCCGCUGCUGAGCGGGUCGCGGGAACGAUUGAAUGCUAAGCCCAUCGUUACGGCGUUUUAUUUUUAUUUUCUUGCACCCAGCUUGUUUCGUUAAAUGGGUUGGCCACACUGGCGAGCGUGGGGUUCUGGGUCGUCGUCUCGUUACCUGGCUGCGGUCAGUGUCGGCUUUUUUGGGAUUAUAGCUGGCCACGGUAGUUUCCGCGAAUAACCACGACUCCUAAAUCCUAGUCAGCUUUUUUUUUUUACGUAGUUUGUUUUGUCUUUUGUGUGUGUCUGUAUCGUUUCGUUACGUUUCGAACUUUGGUCUACGCCCGCUUACGGUUCGGAAAUUACUAAUGCCUCCUCUACCGGCAAAACACUAAUACUAAGACGUGUAUUGUAAAUCUGAAAAUAAGUGCAUCGUAAUGAUUUUUUUUUAACAGCGAUUACUUGCGCAGUAUAGACAAUAAUCCAACAAGGGCCAAGCUGUGUCGUCCUAGGACAUUGUAUCCAGCGUUCUAUCUUUUAAUAUGUUUGUAUCGGCUGUUACGGGGUAGGAUAGAGCCACUAGAUAAGCUACGCUUGAGCAUCGGCACAUCACUUCCGGAUUUUCUUGUGGGGGCCUCCAUUUUGGUGCCCAGCGCUGAGCGGCCGCCAUUGGCGGUCGUUUCGAUUCCACAAUGCGACUUCCCGAGCUUCGGAUACGGCGUCGGAAAGCUCGGGAACCAUUUCAACAUUUCUGGAAGACGGAUAACCGUUUCCUACGAUUUAACAUAUACAAAUCAAAGCUGCCGACAACUGGCAGCCAUGAUUUUAACUUUUAAGCGCCAAGUUGUGUCUGCUCUGAAGUGCGGCGUAUUCAGUGGCUUCGGGUAGGGGCUCGUUUCGGUAACAGAUCGGGUAACUCGGGGGGGAGAAACGGGUGGCGUAGAGUAGGCAGGUGGCCAUGUCGCCGUGCUCAGUUUGCUCGCUCCAAAGACCGCGUGUGUGACGUCAACUUUUUUUUCUGCUCACAACCUCGACUCACAAGAACUUCCUCCUAUGUUUUCCUUUGGCAUUUUUUUUAUCCAUCCCUUUAUAUAAACAUAUACUAUAUUAUUAUAUAUAUUAUAUACAUAGUCUAUAAUACCCAAUAAACCUCCUUUUUUUAUUUUACUUAUCCUAGUGCGUUUUGUUUAGAGGCUACAUCGUGUGCGCAAAAAUCAAACGGGAGAUUUCGUUGCUUGUUUUUAACUGGCGCGCCGUCAACGAACAAAAUACACGAGAAUACCAAACUCCUCGUCAUUUUUCAUGAUACUGCCCAUCACACGCGGGUUUGGUUCUUUUUGUAUAUUGUUUAAAAAAAAUGUAAAUAAGGGAUUUCUUUUUUUUUUUUUUUUCCGCGCCAGCUAUAAUAGAGUUAUCCGGGCUACGGUUAAGCCUAAAUCCGGAAGACUCGAUCCGCGGCGGUACAGUCGCGUACAAUAAAGAUGGACUCAACGCUCCCGUUACCGGAUGGGCGGAAAUGUAGAAAUCAAUGAGGUCUUCAACUACCUGGUGAGACAUGCUUGGUUUUGCACGCAGCCACGCUUCAAAUGCUAGUCUGGCCACCGUGGAUGGAACGUGCUUUGUGUGGGCGCCAGUCUCGCAACAGUGGGCACGCCUUAGCGAGGCUCGACCGUAGCUCGACUAUCAGACAAUCUACAGGGUGUCAAACCACUAAACAAAAUUGCAGUGUUCUUUUCUUUUUUUUUUAUUGCAACAAUAAACUACACGAUACUGAACUCUCCUUCUCCGCCCACGUGUAGCGCCGCAAUUCGAACCAGAUGCCAAAGUUUCAGCACUAACCGUUAUUUGAUUAAAUUUUUCUAAAAUUUUAAGUGGGAAAAUGGCGGCCUACGAUAUCCUACGAUAUCGGUAUAUUUGGCGACAUUUAAACUGUAGGAGAGACCCUGUUCCGAAAUUCUCCGAAGAGAAAUGACGUCUCCACGGCACUCAGGAUGUAAGUAGCAUUAUUCUUGCGUCACGGAAGGGGGGGAGUAUUUUUGUCGACACAUUUAUCUUUUCUAAUAUGAUUGGCUACAAAAACGAGUCUCUGGCUCCUAAAGUCCAAAUCCGAUUCGACACCUUGAGCGGGGCACCCUUUUCUAGUUCUGAUGUAAACUUGGAGGCAAGUUUUGGGUCGAUCCAUCCUGAUCUCUUCCCCGGCGAGAUAGAGCGAGACCGGCGCCACGCGUGGCGUUGUGCGUCACUUCCGUUUCCGGGACGUUGAGUCUGCAACGUUUGUACGCGACUGUAGUGUACCGCGCCGCCCUUACCCUAACCUCGGUUAACCGGGGAAAGGCGGAGUUACGUCCUGCGCGCGCACGAACGCGUCGCACAGCCACGUACCAAAAGCAAUAACUGAAGCGUAGAACUCCGAGACUCGUGCAGGGAGUACGCGCAGACGCCAUUGUUGGUCCCUCGUGGGGACCCAAUAUGGCGGCGCUCCGACCGCAAAUCCGCUAAAUGGUGCAACCGCUCUGUAUAGACGAAAAAAAAAACAAAAAAACCGGUGAACUACGUACACGGUCGGUCAGCCUUAGGAAACCCUGGCGAAGACACUACGAAGAGGGGGGGCACGCAAGGAACUGUGGAAGCACUCCAUGCCGCUUGGGGGCGCUUCGGUGGCUGCUGACCGUGCGUCACUGUUCUCCGUCUCACCGUAACUUUGCAAACGGCGAAGGCUACUGUGCCAGUGAGCCAAUCAGCACGUUGGAAGGGAACACGUGACUCUGUCUUACCAGAUGCGCACAGUACUGUCGAAGCCACGGGUGAUGGAGAAGAAAGCCGCUUCUGUACGAAUUUUGAGUGACUGGCUAAUCUCGGAGGGAGAUUCGUGCGUCGGAGAGCUGAGACACGCAAAAGAGGGUGAGAGGAGGGUUUCUUCUUCGCUUGGGGUUAUUGCCUUCGCCCUUGUACUUCUGGCAAGGGCUAUCACAUGCUUCCCCUGAUUGGCCCGAAGGAGCCUUAGCGUUCGUCCCUUUGCCAAGUGACGGUAAAGCUGAGUACGGUUUCCUGUCGGUGCCCCCGCGUAGUGUUCCGACCUCACUCGCGGGCCGUCUCGAGGAAGGUUAGGGCCUUCCUCCUCAGUAAUUGUGAUACUACAAGUCGCGGGACAUGGCGCUGGGCGCAGCUCAAGCUCGCGCGUCAAGCUAUAACUACGAAACUGAAGCAGAUCCAAAGAGAGGCGGGGAGGGUGCCGCCGUGUUGUUCGGCUCGUUUCCAAGCCCUUCCUCGCCCAUAGAGAGAGAGAGUAUACUCAAAGUUUUUUGCCGGCCUCUUUAAGACGCUCUGUGUACGCGGGUUGAGCGCACCCUCUGCAAUUCCUUAGUCCCCACCAAACAGGCGAGGAAGCAACCGACCCAUGCUAUCGGAGGUGGUUUUCUCUGCUUCGCCUUUUAUUUUGACCUGUUUUUUGUUCGCGGUUACUAAUAAAACCGAAUGUUCUUUA